AUGUCUUCACUAACCGACUAUUCUACUUCUGUCAUCAUUGCAAAAAAAAGACGUAAAGCGAAUGAAAGUGUAUUAAAAAAUGCGGUUAAUCGGACUCUGCAAAUUAAAUGCAAUCGUAUGCGGACAUUUAUUGAUGAAAACCAUGAUUCGUUGCAUUUACAUAUUAGCCAGCUACGGCAAUUCGCCUCAUCUACCGGUGGCUUAGUGCUGGAUGAAAUUCGUACCCUUGUUUGGCCGAUUUUGGCGUCUUCACUUGUGCAGGAUCCUCUCAAUGAUCAGGAGACAGCAUCAACGUUUUCGGAUUCUGAUUUUGAAUCUGCUCAUUCUGAUUUCAUUUAUGAAGAGAAUAGCUCGGCAGUUAAUUCUGCCACCAUUUUGCCAAGCCCAACAUUAAAAGAUCUGCAAAGUCACCGAGAGUGGAAUCAGGUACAAAUGGAUGUUAGGCGCACACUGGCACGAUUUCCACCUAAUAUAUCAGAUAAAGAACGAUGUACCUUGCAAGAAGAUUUAACUCCUCUAAUUGUAAAAAUUCUCUGGAGCUGUCCUCGAUUUCAUUAUUAUCAAGGUUUUCAUGAUGUUUGUUUAACCUUGCUGUUGGUGCUCGGUAAUGAAAAAGCAGAACAUGUUGGUAUACUUUUGGCAAAUAAUGGAAUCUUUAAAGGUUACCUUCUCAAAAGUCUGGAAGAUACGGUAUUGAGAGAUCUUGAUUUGAUGUAUGUAUUGCUCUGGAAAGUUGAUGAAGAGUUGGAAAGAGUAGUGCGCGCUGUGGAUUUGGGGUCACUAUUUGCUUUAAGUUGGCCGUUGACAUGGUUUUCACAUGCUUUGCAUCAUUACCAUCAAAUCGUUCUUUGUUUCGACUUUUUCCUUGCUACUCACGCGCUUACUCCUAUUUUUUUAACUUCUGCUGUCGUUUUAUGGCGAAGUAGUGCAGUUCUGAAUUGUUCUCGAGAUAUGGCUUCUAUCCAUCACCUACUAAAUGUAAUGCCAAAUGAUAUCCCUGUUCAGGCAUUAAUCAACGAUGCUCAAGAUCUUUUUCGGAUGUUUCCUCCCUGGCGGUUACGUGGUCCGCUAAUGGAAGAUUAUCGGCAUCUUAUAAAUAUUAAUGGGAUACGAAAACCAUCGUUUCCAAAGACAUCUCUUCGAAAGUGGUUAGUUGCCGGUACUGCUACUGCAGCGAUAUACGUUCUCUCAAAAUAUAUAUUUAUUAGUUCUUCAUAUUGA